CCCGCCUCUUCCGCUGCCGGCCUCCUUUCAGCCGGCGGCGAGGCGCAGGGGCUGCGUGUUUCCGGAGGACGUGGCUGCUGCAGCCGUCGCCGCUGCUGUACUCCCGCCGCCGUUUGCUUCUCCUGCCGCCGCCGCCAUGAUCUCGCUGUCGGACACGCAGAAGAUUGGAAUGGGUUUAACAGGCUUUGGAGUGUUUUUCCUUUUCUUUGGAAUGAUACUCUUCUUUGACAAAGCCCUUCUGGCUAUUGGAAAUGUUUUAUUUGUGGCUGGCUUGGCUUUUGUUAUUGGUUUAGAAAGAACAUUUAGAUUCUUCUUCCAACACAAAAUGAAAGCAACAGGCUUUUUCCUGGGUGGUGUGCUCAUAGUUCUCAUUGGUUGGCCUUUGAUAGGAAUGAUCCUUGAAAUUUAUGGGUUCUUCCUAUUAUUCAGGGGGUUCUUUCCUGUGGUGGUUGGUUUUAUUAGAAGAGUUCCAGUCCUUGGUUCUCUCUUGAAUUUACCUGGUAUAAGCUCGCUUGUAGAUAAAGUUGGAGAAAGCAACAACAUGGUAUAAUGACAAGACAGCAGAAGACUGAUUCUAAACUUACUGUAUUAUUUAUAAAUCCUUUUGAAGAAUACUCAGCACAAAGAGUAAGUUGUGUACAAAGGAAAAGCUUGUAACAUUCUUUAUGUAACAGUUUAAUUUAAAAUGUAUAGUCAACAAUAACAUUAGAAAAGAAGCUCAUCAAGUAUGCUUCUAGGAAAAGUAACUCCAGAGUUCAGGAAGUAAACUGAAGAGGUGAAAGUCAUGGAAUAACAUGUUACAACUGUUCAAGACUAUUUUUGUUGAUUUUUUUUGAAAACAUGCUAGAGGCAAUGAACCUUUUUGGAUUUAAAGGUGCCUGUACUUUACCUCCUUAUUGUCAAGGUGCAGUAGAGCAAACAGGCCUCCAUUUUUAAGGGUGAUCCCAACUUAUCCAACCCUCUGCUUGCUACCCUCAGUGUGCAAAAAAAAAAAAAAAGAAAACUUCUUGUGUAACAAGAGAUGUGUCUCUUGCAUGAAAGUUAAGAUGACUGUUCAUCUUUAAGUGUAUUGUGACAAAAAAGGAAACCCUACACUGUUCUGUUGUAAACAUUUUUGUAAAUAUGUGGCUGAAAUAAAACAUUGUUAUCUUAAUGUUUCAAAGCCAAAUGUAAGUUUGUAUUUGCCUUCCUUUUUGGAAUACGCAAAAGGUCAAUCUUUAACUUCAGUCUUAAAUGUUGGUUCUGAAUGUGUAGAGUUCAAGAGGGAACUCUGGAAACUGACUUAUGCUCCUUCCAGUUUGUUCUCCUUGUAUUAUGUCUGCAUCUGGGUGAGAAUGUAGCCCCUUCUCACUAACAAGAACUUUGAAAUAUAUUUGGUUCACAAAACAUGCAUUUGGUUAAGGUGCUGACAUGAACCUUGUGAAAUGCAUCUUAUCAAAAUAUGAACAUUUGUUUUUAAAUGGUUUGAAGCUAAGGUUUCUUUGUUUAUUCUGGAACUACAAAUUGACUUUUAUUUUUUACAGUAAUAAAAGGAAAACUUAAAAUUCUGUGUAUGUGAGUCCAUUGGGAGUAAAUUGUGCUAACAGGCCAACUAAAGAUCAAGUGUCAAUCUCAAUGUGUUUAGUAAAUUGUUACUUGGGUUAUCUUCAAAUAAUUUAAAACUUCUGUCAUUCAUAACAAUUUAGCUGUUAGAGAUUCUUAUUUAACUUGGAAUAAAUGUCCCCUAAUAACGUGAAGGUCAAAUUUCUGCUUCUACUGGAAUGUUAAACAUUGUGCACUUCCAAUAGAUUUAGUUUCAUAGCGUCCUCACUUUAAAAAAAAAGUUGUAUUUGUGAAGGUCUUGCGGUUUUCUGUUGUUCUUAACUUUUUUUCCUUAAGUAUAAUGCUAAAAACUUAAUUAAAUGCAAUGGUAGUGUUUCAAGUAGCUAUGUAGUCUUAAAGGUCUGACAGAUUUUUUAUUAUACAGUUAAAAUUGGUAUUUUUUCAGAACAACUGUAAGAAGAAUCCUCACAUACUAACCAUUCUGGAAGUUGCUACAAAGUUUUUUGUAUAAGGCAUAAGUUUUUUCACUACAACUGCAUUAAUGCCUGCAGCCUACUAUUUCUAGCUUCCAUACUUAAUUUGCUUUCUUCUCAAACAGGCACAAAAUAAUUCAGUGGGGGAAAAAUAUGCCAUGACAUUUAUAAUGAACAUCUGAAAAAAUCAGUUUUUAUGAAUGUGUAUAUGAAAAGUUGGCUAUAUUUGCCUGAUAGCGUUUGUCUGUUACAGUUUACAGACAGGAGUAAAUAUGACUUGUGGCUCCUACCUCAGAGAUGAACCAAUUUUAACUGCUCCUGCAGAUCUGUUGAGUGCUAAAUGACUAGAAAUAACACUACAACUGUUCGGCGAACUCAUCGUAUCUGCUUUGGUAGAGCAGUGGUCCUUACUGUGGGAAUCAAGUACUGUUUAAAGCAGUAUUUACAUUAGAAGUCAGCUACCUGAAGAUUUUUCUUCCUGUCUUUUGAAAAAUAAUCUAAUGGGAGAGGUGGAUUGUACCACAUGACUCUGGAACUCUGACUGAAAGCAAAUCACGUGGUAAGCUGAAGUACACUCACCAACAAGAAAUCUCAUAUCUUUCAGAGGCGAUGAAGGCACUGUGUAUGAUCUUCUAGCCCUCUGUAGGCAGCUCAUCUUGCCUCUAUUUAAUUCAUUAUUUAUUUUUAAAAAGUCGGUUUUUGUCAGAUGUGAAUUGUUGUGAGAAGCAUCUGAGGGAACAAAAUUGUAUGUUGAAUUUAGCUUUGUCUUUAUCCCUCAAGGUAACAUUGUCUUUCAGGUGGUUUUGUCAAGAUAAAUGUGGGUGGCAGCAACAGUCAAAACUACUUAGCCUUAAAUGUUUCUGUCACUGUAAAAAUCUCUAACAGAAACAUGUUUGGAACUUUUCCCCUUUUAAAUGUAAUUUAUAACUGCUGCUUCAAAAAUCAUAAGGAUGGAUCUUAUUCUGAGCAAAUUAAUAUUGUAAAUAUACUUGUCAUACCUUGAAUAAAUGGGUACCUUUUUU